AUGCGGAAGUCACAGCUGCGUCGCCUGUUCUGCGAUCGUUUGCUGUGCACGUCUUCCAUAUUAUUCCGACGACCGGAUGUGGCGAGUCAAGACCCGAUCCAGCGGAUUUUCAUCGAAAAGCUGCGGGAAUUCAUGACCAAGCAGGAACAGACGGGUGCCGGUCGUUUUGUCGACCCGCAGCCGCAGUUUCUGAACGAGUAUAACGAGGCGUUACAGCGAAUCCAGCGCAUUCACGCAAUCACCGAGGAGGUCACCACCUUCCCGAAGAUGAGUUUUGCUGAACCGAUGGUGAACAUCAUUAGAGUCGAGGAAGAAAAACCGUUGGAAGAUAUGGACAAGCAGAUUGAAAAGGAGGAGAAGACUAUCGCCAGCUCCUACUUCCCGCUGCAAGUCGUCAAGAUGGAGACCAAAGGCUACGCUCUUGAGGCGCUGACCAUGGAUGGAAGUUACCAGGAACCGGACGUGAAGUCGGUGGUCAACGACCCGAUGUUGUUGUCGACGGUCGACGAUGAAAUCAUGGGCGCUGAUGACUUCAUAAUCAAGUUUCAACACUUGGACACACGCCCGAAAAUACCUGAUCAGAAGCUAAUCGAAACGCCGCAGUCGAAAGAUUUCGAGCUGAACUUCUAG